CUGACACCGGCCAUGAAGAAGUCACACUAUUCAGUAUCAGUACAGCAACGACAUACAAUCACUUCUAAUCACUAGCAUCCUUCGUUCUCUUAUUUUUUGCGGACUCUAGCUCUGAGUCUCUAAGCAACUUUACGGUCCUGUCUUUGAGCAUUUUCAUCGUUGAUUUCUCGAUAAUUUUCACCGGUUUUCUUCUUGCUCGUUUUCUCAUUCUGAUUAUUCUGCCACUGUUUUCCGCCUGAAAGUUUCCUUUGCAUUUCUUGCUCACACUCCUCCACAUAUAGAGUCUAUUUGUAUCUUUUUUUUUCUUGUUAUUUUCCUUCUAUUUGUUAUUCACAGCAUAUACUCUUUCGUCAACAUGUCGACCCUCCCUCAAGAAACCGAGCACUCGACGCAGGGUCACGUGGUGGGCAGUGCUCCGUCCAAGGCCACUGAUGCCGUGCUGAAGCCUUCUGAUCCCGUGCCCUCUGACGCGGUCAAGGUCAGCGGAAUCGAAUUCAACGAGUAUGCCAACAGGAGUAUUACCGUGGAGGAGCUCGUGGCGGGGAUGACCAACAUGGGAUUCCAAGCCAGCGCCGUUGGCGAUGCCGUACGAAUCAUCAACGGGAUGCGAUCCUACCGCGACCCAGAGACCGGCCAACCCACCACCAUCUUCCUCGGCUACACCUCAAACCUAAUCUCGUCCGGGCUGCGCGAAACGUUACGAUACCUCGUGCAACACAAGCACGUAUCUGCGAUCGUGACCACGGCCGGCGGCGUGGAAGAAGACCUCAUCAAAUGUCUUGCACCCACCUACAUGGGCUCCUUCACCGCGUCCGGCGCCUCAUUACGCGCCAAGGGCGUCAAUCGAAUCGGCAACCUCUUCGUCCCCAACAGCAACUACUGCGCUUUUGAAGACUGGCUUGUCCCCAUUCUCGACCAGAUGCUCGAGGAGCAAGAAGCCUCGGCAGCGGAUCCCAAAGUCGACCCAGAGGACAAACUGCACUGGACUCCCUCGAAGAUUAUCCACCGGCUGGGCAAGGAGAUCAACGACCCGUCUAGUGUAUACUACUGGGCGUGGAAAAACGACAUUCCCGUCUUUUGCCCCGCCUUGACGGACGGCAGUCUGGGAGACAUGUUGUAUUUCCACACGUUCAAGGCCUCGCCGCGCCAGCUGCGUGUGGAUAUCGUCGAGGAUAUCAGACGGAUUAACACGAUUAGCGUGCGAGCCAAGCGCGCCGGCAUGAUUAUUCUGGGAGGCGGCGUGAUCAAGCACCAUAUUGCGAAUGCGUGUCUGAUGAGAAACGGCGCCGAUUCCGCCGUGUAUAUCAAUACCGGGCAGGAAUUCGAUGGCAGCGAUGCGGGUGCGCGUCCGGAUGAGGCAGUCAGCUGGGGAAAAAUCAGAGCCGAGGGUGAAAGCGUAAAGGUCUACGCCGAAGCAACGGUUGUGUUUCCCUUGAUUGUCGCAGCGACAUUUGCCAAGCCAAGUCCGAAUGGUACUGCGUCUUCGAAACCCGACAGUACCACCCCUUACACUACUCAGUCGUCAUAAGAGGAUCUCUCCUGCUGUUCAAUCAUCGCAUGCUCCCAUCCGGGAUAUGCAAAUUGCCAGGAUCAACUUGUCGUCUAUAGCGUCCUCACUAUGGCGUCUUUACGUCGCACUAUGUACAUAUAUACCCAUCCCACUCUCAUCAAUCCAUCUAUCCAUCUAUUCACCUCAUCAAUCCACCAAUCCAACUCCCAUCAAUCCACCACACGAAAGUUUCCAAAAUAUACAUCCCUUAGCUUAAUCUGCCGACCUGUCUCUCUAUGUAGACCAAAAUGAAAAAAGUAAAUAGUCAUUUACAAAGGGGC